AUGUCGAACGCAGCAUAUCGAGACCAAAUCCCCCAGGGCGAGGACAAUGAGACUGACAGCAAGUCUCUCCUCCAGGGCAAGCAGCCAGUGCGUGACAGAGGCGGGCCCUCGGCGUUCUUCAAACGGACCAUGUCCAUUCAUCACUCUGCAAAGUCGCAUCUCCCCAGUCCCAAGGGCUCGCUUCUCGUGUCUCGAACUCGCCUGACUCUGCGAAUCCUGUCCUUGAUUCUCUCCUUCGCCCUGGUUGUUACUCUCGGGCACGCCAUCGGAGUCUACAACUCGACCAAGAAUGAUCAAGUCAAUGACGAACCAUUGUGGCCUUCGGGUUUGAAGAUGACGCCCACCAUCUUGCUCCUGAGUGCGGCAGCGGUGGGCACGGCGUUGAGCGCAACCAUUUGCAUUGCCAGCUUUUCAGCGAUAGUUCGACACAUCACCAACGUUGGCAAUAUGUUCACCCUGGUUGUCAGUUCCAUCUGCCUGAUCCUCUGGAUUGUUGUGGCAAUUGUAUACAAGGUGGACGAUCUCAAGCCCGAGGAGCACUGGGACUUGUUGUCAUUCGCUUGCUCUCGUCGACAUGCGCUUACCGACAGUCCUGCCAACCUCCACUCCAUGUGCACUCAGAUGCGCUAUGCAUGGUGGGGAGCAUUGGCAAUUGGACUGCUCGAAAUCGGCGCUGUCGCCACACUGGUGCUGGGUUACGGUAUACUAAGGAAAUCCAAGGGCGUCUACGCUCGCGUGGAAGAGGACGGUCUGGAGAAGCAGAGACCGGGACGGAAGGUAAGCUUUCAGUUGUCGAACCUGGCAAAGUUUCGAUCGGGGGCUGAGAAAAGUGCUCCCCCUCCAGUGAAAGUCAACAAAGGUCACGAGUACUGGGCCGUCGAGAACGUCCUCAAGUCACGAACGCUCCCCGGUGGCACGACACAGUACUUGAUCCACUGGAAGGGGCUCAGUGAAGAUUCCGACUCUUGGGAGCCCGAGGAGAGCCUGUCGCCCGAAUGGAUUGAAUUCUUCAAGCAACAACGAGGGGGUGAGAACGAAUACUGGGAGGUGGAGGAGAUUCUGGACUCUCGGAUGCGUCAACCCGGGACGAUGGAGUAUUUAAUACGGUGGCAAGGGUACAGUCCGUCGCACGACUGCUGGGUGACGGAGAACAACUUGACCAAGGAGUCGGUGCAACAUUUCAAGGAAGGGAGAGAAGGCGCUUAA